ACCGCGGGUAAUCCUUGGGAUUCCACUUUUCAGUCUCGAAGAUCGGAUCUUGGAACUCUUGACGGAGUGUGAUUAUAUUUUUUUUUGUCGAGUUGGGGUUUUGUUCGCGCCCGGUACGCUUCCGUCGUAACACGUCGAGUCCUCCCAGUCUCGUCAACACCACCCUCAACCCAAACCAACCACACUCCACUCACACCAACUACAACCACCAAAAAUGCAAGCUCGCCGUGUUCCACGCACGCGAAGUGCAAACAACGAGAACGGCGAUGAGAAUACCGUAGCAACAAACACACGCCUCACGCGAGCGAAGGCUGCGUCGCUCUCGACUAACGGUCAGAAAGCCUCCGUCGUCAUCACCAAGAAAACCACCGCCGCUCUCGCCACGAAGACUGCUCUUGCUACGAAGACUACCAACGCGACUGCCGCUGUUGCUCCAGCAAACCGUAAACGUGCCGCACUUGGCGACGUCAGCAACGUCCACAAGAUCGAAUCCAACGGUGUUGGAGAGAAGAAGGCUGUCAAGAAGGUCACGAAGGCCACCAGCACUACGACCACCAAGUCCGCAACCAAUGGUGUCACCAAGACGACGCGUACUACUCGUGCCGCUCCCAUCAAGGCUGCGGUAGUUGAAGAUGCCAAGAAGAAGGAUCCAGCCGUUCGGUCGAAGAAGAGACCCGCUCCCUCGAAGGUUAAGGAAGAAGAGGAAGCUGGGGAGGACACCGAGAACCGUGAUUCGGGAUUGGCAGUUAAGGCCAAGGCCGGUGCCAGCGUUAAGGUUGCCGAGGAGGUGACUCGUCAGCCGGCUGCUAAGCGACCACGCAUCGCUAAGACUGCCGCUGAAGUUGAAGGAUGGGAGGACCUCGACGCCGAGGAUGCCGAGGAUCCUUUGAUGGUUUCCGAGUACGUCAAUGAGAUCUUCGAGUAUCUCAAGAAGCUCGAACCCGAAACUCAGCCCAAUCCAACCUACAUGGACGACCAGAUCGACCUGAAGUGGCAGAUGCGCGGUAUCCUUGUCGAUUGGCUCGUCGAGGUUCACACUCGCUUCCGUCUCCUCCCCGAGACCCUCUUCCUGUCCGUCAACAUUGUCGACCGGUUUUUGACCAAUAAGAUCGUCAUGUUGGACAAGCUCGAGUUGGUCGGUGUGACUGCGAUGUUCAUUGCUGCCAAGUACGAGGAGGUCUUCUCGCCUCACGUUCAGUACUUCCGCCACGUCGCCGACGAUGGCUUCACCGAGGAAGAGAUUCUUCGUGCCGAGCGGUUCAUCCUUUCGACUCUAGACUACAAUCUGUCGUACCCCAACCCGAUGAACUUCUUGAGGAGAAUUUCCAAGGCGGACCAGUACGACUUCCAGACGAGAACCUUCGCCAAGUACUUGAUGGAGAUCAGUCUUCUGGACCACAGAUUUCUCGAGUACUUGCCAAGUCACGUCGGUGCUGCUGCUAUGUACAUGGCCAGGAUGAUGUUGGACCGCGGCCCCUGGGACGAGAACCUCAUUCACUUUUCCGAUUACACCGAGGAACAGGUUCUCCCGGUCUUCCGCCUGAUGAUCGACUACUUGAUCAGGCCCGUCAAGCACCAGGCAUUCUUCAAGAAGUACGCCAGCAAGAAGUUUAUGAAAGCAUCCCUCCACGCUCGGGACUGGGCCAAGAAGAACGCCAAAGCUCACGGAGUCGACACCGAGCUCGCCACCAGGGAUCUCUAUCAGGACGACGACGCUGCGUACUAGACGCACAUUUUGCACCCUGACGUUUUCCGGAUAUACCUUUCAAGCAUCUACCUUUCUUUGAAGAGAUCUACUUCUCGGUUGGUUUUGAUCGACAUUCAUUUGUGUAU